AUGAAGCAUCUCGCAGCCUAUCUUCUUCUCGUUGCUGGUGGUAACACCUCUCCCUCUGCUGAGGACAUCAAGUCCCUCUUGACCACCGUUGGUGUCGAGGUUGAUGAAUCUCGUGUCUCUGCCUUGAUCAAGGCCAUGGACGGCAAGACCGCUGCUGAGGCCAUUGCUGAAGGUUCUUCCAAGCUCGCCUCUGUCUCCUCUGGUCCCGUUGCCGCCUCUGCUGGUGGUGCUGCUGCCGCUUCUGGUGAUGCCCCCGCUGAGGAGGCCAAGGAAGAAGAGAAGGAGGAGUCUGAUGAUGACAUGGGCUUCGGUCUUUUCGAUUAA